UCAGUCAGCUCAGUGCGCUGUAACCCCAACGUAAGGUUAACAGUGGUCGUCUUCUUUUGUCAAUACCUCAUAGUUUUCAGUUUAUUAACCUUCUGAAAAUAAGAUAACCUCCACCAUGCUUCUGGUCAUUGCCACGUCUGUUCUUCCAUGUCUUCUACUGCUGUGUGGUGGUGUGGCGUCCUACCCGUCAGGGGCGUACAUUCCGUCCGGCGCGUGCGACUCCAUGCUACCCAGCCCAAACGCGGACUCAGGCCACGGAGCAGCGCAGCAGACCGGGUCCAACCCCUUUUCUUUGGUCCUAGGAGCGGCCAAGUACUCCCCCGGCCAGCCGUAUAAUGUUUCUCUAAUUGGACCUAGUCACUAUGAGGGGUUCAUGAUACAAGCCCGGUCUAACACCACAGGGAGCAGAGUUGGGACGUGGCAGACAUCUACUCUGACGGUUCUGAAUGAAAACUGCAGCGGUGCAGAAGGCAAAGCGCUGGUUCACAAGGCGACACUAGAGGGUACAGGGAACAUGACUUUCACGUGGACAGCGCCGCCUGCAGGCACCGGAUACGUUAAAUUUUAUGCAACAGUGGUGCAAGAGAAGGAGGUGUUCUGGGCGAAGUUCCCAGGGCCGAUGUUGGUGGGAGAGGAUCCAUGUCCGUAACUUGCCACAGUAGCUCAGGGGACCGCUGGCGCCAAGCGAUCACAGGAGCAUAUACAUAUGAAUUAUUUUUCCAUUAAUUCAAUAGCUUUAAAAAAUAAAUAAUAAUAAUAAUAA